AUGGAGGCCUAUAAUCUGUCAGAUGGUAAACAACAAUAAAGCAAUAGAAAUAGACCCACACCUCUGUUUUGCUUAGAUGGUCGACUUCCAUGGCUCCGUUUCUCUCUCUAACCCUCUGUGUAUGACAUGACAAUUGGCUACGUUUUGCUAUCUAGGCCUAAUCUGUUAACUCACACACAUUAAAAUGGUUAUUUGAUGGAGCUGUAAUUCAAUCUAGCUCACACAAUCCUUCUAAAACUAUGGGACUGUUCAGAUAAUCAAUAAUUGAGUUGAUCCUUUCAGUGGUUAAUGAUUGGUAGUCUCUCGUUACCAUUCUCCAAAGUCUCACAAGAAUUAACAUACAUGCAGGAAGCAUGGAACGGAGGCUAAAUGAUUGGUAACCGCAUGCUUGAGUGGGCUAUAGGGAGUGUUAGUGAAGCUGGUGGUAAUGCCUUCAGGUAGGCCUAGUUGUAGUAGCAGGGGAAAUAUUUGUAUGUCAGUUGAUGUCACUGACAUGUCAAUAGUUUGGUAUGCUAGCUAGCCUAUGUUUAGAGAGUAGCCUAACCUAGGAAACAAAAGCAAGCUGAAGCCACAGGACAGUAAGACAUUAGGCAAAUUAGUUGUAGCAUUUUUGGUCACAAAUGGAGCAGGCAAAUAGUGUGUACUUUCAGCAUUUUUUAUUAAACCUGGCUGGAGGUCCAGAUGGGCUCAAUCAAGCAGAGCUGAAAUAAAGGCUAUGAAAGAAAAAAAAAUACAGAUUGAACCGUAGCUCUAGUUUAUAUCCCUGUAAUAUGGAUAUCUUCCAUACAGGAAGGUACUGUCCGCCCACACUCAUUGAAACUCAACGCCAUUGAGAUGUGUAUAUAUUGUUGAGUUUAGUCAGCUAUUUGAACCAUGUCUGAAAUGAGUUCUAGGGAGGUUCAAGGUGUCACAAAAUAAGAUGUGAUCCAGAAAUCUACAAGCUAUGCAGUAAAACCAUCUUAUCACAUCUAAGAUGCUUCACAGCAUGUCUCAUCUCAAUUAAAUACAUAUUGUAAGCUUGUGUAAGCCUUAUUGUAAGCCUAUACAAGGUCUCCUAGUGAAUACAGAGUUAAACAAACCCAAUAAAAUGAACGUUAUAUUUUGUAUUUCCUCUUGCCGUGCUAUAGGUUUAUUCUGCUCCAUUAGUAUUCCCACCCCACAUAUCCUCUCACAGUCGCCUCUCCUUCCUCUCCUCUUGCAUCCAGCUGCUCUGCAGGCCUUGAAACGGAAGAAGCGGUACGAGAAGCAGCUGGGCCAGAUCGACGGCACGCUGUCCACCAUUGAGUUCCAGAGGGAGGCGCUAGAGAACGCCAACACCAACACCGAAGUGCUGAAGAACUUGGGCUUUGCUGCCAAGGCCAUGAAGGCAGCCCAUGAAAACAUGUAAGGGCCACCGCCGCUUCUGUUUCACAAAUGCUCCAUGAAAGACACACACACACACACCUCCAAGAAUGCAACAGAGUGCCUCUGUUGACCCAGGCCCACAUUGUUCUCUUUCACAUUUGUCUAGUAAAAAGCAUGAGGUGACGCACACCCAAAAAUGUUUGUAGAGGUGCUGACUAACAGAGAAUAGAAAGAAAGUCACACACUAUAUACAGUGCAUUCGGGAAGUACUCAGACCCCUUGACCUUUUCCACAUUGUGUUACAUUAGCCUUAUUAUAGAAUUGAUUAAAUUGUUUUUCCCCCCUCAUCAAUCUACACACAAUACCCCAUAAUGAGAAAGCAAAAAUACGUUUUUAGAAAUCUUAGCAAAAAAUUAAAUAAUAAAACAGAAAUAUCACAUUUACAUAAGUAUUCAGACCCUUUACUCAGUACUUUGUUGAAGCACCUUUGGCAGCGAUUACAGCCUCGAGUCUUCUUGGGUAUGACGCUACAAGCUUGGCACACCUGUAUUUGGGAAGUUUCUCCCAUUCUUCUCUGCAGAUGCUCUCAAGCUCUGUCAGGUUGGAUGGGGAGCGUUGCUGCACAGCUAUUUUCAGGUCUCUCCAGAGAUGUUCGAUCGGGUUCAAGUACGGACUCUGGCUGGGCCACUCAAAGACAUUCAGAGACUUGUCCCGAAACCACUCCUGUGUUGUCUUGGCUGUGUGCUUAGGGUCGUUAUCCUGUUGGAAGGGGAACCUUCGCCCCAGUCUGUCCUGAGUGCUCUGGAGCAGGUUUUCAUCAAGAAUCUCUCUGUACUUUGCUGCGUUUAUCUUUCACUCGAUCCUGACUAGUCUCCCAGUCCUUGCUGCUGAAAGACAUCCCCACAGCAUGAUGAUGCCACCACUAUGCUUCACCGUAGGGAUGGUGCCAGGUUUCCUCCAGACAUGUCGCUUGGCAUUCAGGCCGAAGUGUUCAAUCUUGGUUUCAUCAGACCAGAGAAUCUUGUUUCUAAUGGUCUGAGAGUCCUUUAGGUGCCUUUUGGCAAACUCCAAGCAAGCUGUCAUGUGCCUUUUACUGAGGUGUGGCUUCCGUCUGGCCACUAUACUAUAAAGGCCUGAUUGGUGGAGGGCUGCAGAGAUGGUUGUCCUUCUGGAAGGUUCUCCCAUCUCCACAGAGGAACUCUGGAGCUCUGUCAGAGUGACCAUCGGGUUCUUGGUCACCUCCCUGACCAAGGCCCUUCUCCCCCGAUUGCUCAGUUUGGCCGGGCGGCCAGCUCUAUGAAGAGUCUUGGUGGUUCCAAACUUCUUUCAUUUAAGAAUGAUGGAGAACACUGUGUUCUUGGGGACCUUCAAUGCUGCAGAAUUUUUUUUGUACCCUUCCCCAGAUCUGUGCUCGACUCAAUCCUGUCUCGGAGCUCUACGGACAAUUCCUUCGACCUCAUGGCUUGGUUUUUGCUCUGACAUGCACUGUCAACUGUGGGACCUUAUAUAGACAGGUGUGUGCCUUUCCAAAUCAUGUCCAAUCAAUUGAAUAUACCACUGGUGGACUCCAAUCAAGUUGUAGAAACAUCUCAAGGAUGAUCAAUGGAAACAGGAUGCACCUGAGCUCAAUUUCGAGUCUCAUAGCAAAGGGUCUGAAUACUUAUGUAAAAAGGUAUUUCAGUUUUGUAUUUUUAAUAAAUGUGCAAACAUUUUGAAAAACCUGUUUUCACUUUGUCGUUAUGGGUUAUUGUGUGUAGAUUGAUGAGGGAAAAAAUUAUUUAAUCAAUUUUAGAGGAAGGCUGUAACGUAACAAAAUGUGGAAAAAGUCAACCUGUCUGAAUACUUUCUGAAUGCACUGUAUCAGGGAUUCUUGAAAGUAGGGACAAUCCUUGUCAGGGAAACGUAAUUGUGUAUAGUUAAUCAAAUGGAUUUUGUUGCAUUAUGAUGAUUUGUUACAUUUAGGGGAAUUUUAUGAGGGGAAAGAUUUAGCUUUUGGAAUUUAAAUAUUUUAAAUAUUAGUAAUUUACAUGUCAGCUCUAUGCCCGGAAAUGCCCUUGUCCAGAGCAAAGGAUUCCAAUUUCAAACUCUUCCCCCCCCCCCCCCCCCCCCCCCCCCCCAAAAAAAAAAAGUAUUAAAAAAAGUUUCAAUAAUGAAUAUUAACUGAAAGAAAUCUUAUGUAGUUUCUUGCAAUAGCUCUCUCUGUCAGGAGAUUUGGUCAACUCCAUAAGAUUUGUCUAAAAACCUAAAUUAAUCAGAAAUUAACAGGGUCAGUUAAAUUUGCUGGACCCCAGGAAGAGUAGCUGCUGCCUUGCGUUCUGCCUACAACAAAAUCUCUUGAAUAGCUCGUUUUGUUUCAAGAUGUUGCAUUGAAAGUGGCUAAUAUUGUGUUGAUUCGAUCACAAUUGCCACAGUAAAGGGAAACGUUGAUAGUGUUAACAGGGAAAACUCUAGAAAAGUGGUCACCAACCUUUUCUAGAUCACUUUGAGUCAAAAUGCAAGCAGAGAUCUACCGCUCAGAUUUUUUUUUAAACAUGACUUAAACAACGUAAGCCUAUGCAACAUUAACCAAUUAUAAACAGUCCUGUAGCAAUGAGGUUUGUGCAGUAAGCUAUAGGCCCAAUACAUUAUCACCGCAUAUUGGCUUUGCUUGAAUUGCCCUGCCAAUGAAUGCAUUGUUGUUCGGGCCAUUUAAAAACAAUUAUAUUUCCAAAUUUGAGGUAGUCUAUAUGAUCACACUGGUAAUAGAUUUGUUGUUGUAUUACUUGUGAAGCACAGCUGAGUGAGCAUACGUUUAAAUAAUUUGCUUUUUAUUUGACUGGGCUGAUGGUGCCUGCAUCUGAUAGUCAGUCUCAGCGGAGGGAGAGAGCAGCACACUGAGGGGUCCGCCUCUCAACAUCCCUCCGCUCUCCCUUUCCUCCACUGACACGGACCAAAAAGGGACACCGUCUUCCAGCUGAUGGCGAAACUCGAGUCGCACCGCAUUAUUUCUUCCUCAUGCACAAAUUCAUGUUGUUACUCCUAUUAACAGCGAAAGUGAAAUAUUCCUCGAUAUUAAAAGACCCAAUAUAUAAUAAUGACAACAACGCAAGCCUAUAGAUACACUUUCCUAUUCAUUCAUUACUGCUGCAGUGCUUGUUGUAUUUUGUAUACUCUGUGUGCCUUCAGAAAGUAUUCACACCCCUUGACUUUUACAAAGUGGGAUUAAAAUAGAUUUAAUAGUCAUUUUUCGGUCAACGAUUUACACAAAAUACUCUGUCAAAGUGGAGGAAAAAUUCUAACAUUUUAUAAAGAAAUUAUGAAAAAUAAAACGCAUAUCUUGAUUAGAUAAGUAUUCACCCCCUGAGACAAUACAUGUUAGAAAAAUCUUUGGCAGCGAUUACAGCUACGAAUCUUUUGGGCUUAGGCUCUAAGAGCUUUGCACACCUUGGAAAGAAGACUGAACCAGGUUUUCCUUUAGGAUUAUGCCUGUGCUUGAUGGGGUAGUCAAACCACUAUUAUUGAGUCCAUGCAACUUUAUUAUGUAAUUUGUUAAGCACAUUUUUACUCCUGAACUUAUUUAGGCUUGCCAUAACAAAGGGGUUGAAUACUUAUUCGCUCAAGACAUUUCAGCUUUUCAUUUUUUAUUAAUUCUGAAAAAUUUUCAAACAAAAUUCCACUGACAUUAUGGGGUAUUGUGUCUGGAUCCGUGACAAACAAUCUCAAUUUAAUCAAUUUCAAAUUCAGGCUGUAACACAACAAAAUGUGGUACAAAUAAAGGGGUAUGAAUACUUUCUGAAGGCACUGUAGAGUAUGCGACUUUAUUUCUUUUUAUACUUCACAUUUGUGACAGCAUUUUAUUACAUUAUUUAUAAUGCAAAGUGACUAACACAAAUUUCUGCAGUGAGGUUGAUUUUCAUUUCCCAUAUCUCUAUCCUAAAUCUUUUCAAUGUAAAUGUUUUGGAAUUUCAUCAUUGCAGCUCAUGGUGUAGUAAUGUCAUAAAUGGCUGGUGCUAGAAAAUCUUUCAGAAUACCACUAUUAUUCUUUCCCUAAUUUGCUAUGAAUGAUUUCCAUUACAAAUGAAAUGGUCUUUUUUAUUUUUGCCCACAGGGACAUAGACAAAGUGGACGACUUAAUGCAGGACAUCACAGAGCAGCAGGAGCUGGCACAAGAAAUCUCUGACGCUAUUUCUAAACCCGUAGGGUUUGGAGAGGAAUUUGAUGAAGUAAGCUAAAGCUAAGAAGCUGAGUGGGCAUGUUUCAAUGUUUCCCAUACCGAAUGGUUAGUGCAAUUCGAAAUCCUUGGGACGUCCCUUCCCUAAACCCUAACCUUAACCAUUAAAAUGUCAACUUCAAUGGGGUAGGGACGUCCCAAGGAUCCCGGAUAGCAAGGACCCGUACCGAAUCAAUCAAACUGCAGUCAUCUGUCGUUGUUGUUUUAAAAUGUAUCCUUAUCUUCUUUGGAUAUAUAGACCUGUCUAGCCCUUAAUGACGUUUCCUUUCUUUGUUUAGGAUGAUCUCUUGGCAGAAUUGGAAGAACUGGAACAAGAGGAACUAGACAAAAACCUGCUAGAAAUCGCCAGCACAGAGAAUGUACCGCUGCCAAAUGUACCCUCUACAUCCCUACCUGCAAGACCAGCAGGUAAUGGAUAUAUUGGCUUAGCCACUCAAGCUUAGCCAGCUGUAAAGCUAAUGUCUCUUAAGAUCACUGUCAGAAAUUAAAUUUACAAUUGCAAUGCCUUUGUUUAUAAAAUAUUGUCUGUGGAGAGGAGGGAGGGAGAGAGAGCAUUCAGCCCACAUUUUUUGUUAAAAUGCACACAAAAACUAAAAUAAUUUGGUGCGACCCCGGCGCUACCCAACAUGAAACACUGAAAAGUCAAUGUAAUUGUCAUCAGACAUAUGCUACCUCAAUCUUUAUUUAUAGGCAGAUUGAAAAAUCUUUCUAGCUCUAUUAAAUGAAUGUGGUUCGUUCUUACAGUACAGAAGAAGCAAGAGGAAGACGAGGACGACAUGAAGGAUCUGGAGGCAUGGGCCGCCAACUAGCCACUGCUGUUACUCCAUAGCUGCUACAGGUGGAAAAGAAAGACUCUAUGGUUUAGUGUGAUGUGUUUGUAUUUGAGGAAGGAAUAGGGAAACUCUAUGAAUAAACAGACUUUAAAAAAAAUUAUGGACAAAAAAUCAACUUGACAACCUUUCGCUUACUGUCAAGCUCAGCCUCCUAUAGAGGGACAAUGGCAUGUUUUACCUUUGACAACCAAAAGUCCCAAAUCUCUGGAGCAACCAAACAGAAAAAGCUAAUUAGAAAUGUGUUUUUUUCUGUACGUCCCUCAUUCUCUUCUGUAAAGCAUUGCUGCACUCCCUCCACCCCCCCCUUCUCUUAGCCCACAUAAUAUAUUUUGAAGUGAAAGUAUAAAAUGACUCCUCAGACUAACUUCCAUGUAGAAUUUCUAAUACCUCAUACCGUUAAUGUGUAGUGCAACAAGAUAUUACAAUAUCCUGUAUUCAUUUUUGUUGUUCAUGCACAAUAUCGGUGUCGUGUUCAAAUGGCAAUCAGCUGUUCUUGAAUCCGUUUAUUAAAAUAUGCACUUAUAAUAUAUCUAUUGUACAUUAUAUUUAUUAAUAGCAAUUUCCAGCGUGGAGAAUUUGAUUCCCAUUUUUAGGGCUAUUGGUGUUUGGGUUAAAUUUGCUUUUGGCUGGAUUUAUUGAACUAUAUCAUGAAUAUCCUUCCAGAUACUUUGGCUUUCAAACAGGCAAUUAUCUAUGAGGGAAACUCCACACAGUGUCCUUGAAAUUCUUCUCUGGGCGAUGGUUCACACGGUUACGUAUCUUUUGAAGUGAAUGAAUCUAACCUAACCUCCAACUAGUUACAUUUUGCAAAUACAAUUACAUUUCUCUUGAAAUAUGUUUCUACUAUAUCUGUUCUGGUUUGUGCAACUGAAGUGACUGUGCCCUUCUAUGAGUGUGUUUGUUCAUUUUCAUCUUUAAGAGACAUUAACACUAGAGGAGGUUUAAAAAAAAAUGUUUAUUAGGGUGUUUGGGCUUUUCAGAGUUUUAUGAUAUGCUGUUGUGUAUAGGAAGAUCAUUAAUUGAUUGUAUUCAGACUCCAGGCAGUCAGGUUUAUUUAACAUCAUGGCUUUUCUGAGUUUGUGAACUUACCCCACUAUUUUAUAGUUCACCGUGCUGCUUCAGAUGUUUUCAAAUUUCCUCCCAAAUGUAUUUUUUCUGUUUUAAAUUUAACUAAUGUAGUAUGACAGCAUUAUGUUAUGUCUGACAUGCUCUGAUUAGGUUGUGUGUGUUUGUAUACGGGGCUGUUUCUUGCAGUCUGGUUCCUGUUUUUGUUUGGUCUGUCUUCCUACCCUGCCUAUCACAACUUGUUCUUGUUCUAAUGGUAUGCCUAAAUUAAACCUUUUGCCAAAUGACAUGCUUUUUUGUUUCGUUUUAUU